AUGCAAAGACAAAAGAAAUAUGCAACCAAAGGUGGCCUUCAUCGAGAAGAUUCCGAUGACGAGCUUGGAUACGAGGAUCACCCCUGGCAAUGGGUGUACUCGGAUGAAGGGGCCACUUACUCACCGGACGAGGAGAAGACACCCUCAAAGAAACGAAAAGCAGACGCCCUCUCUACGUCUGCUAAGAAACGACAGAUUAUCGGUGCGCAGAUGGGCUCCUUUUCAGUCAAGGUUGGAGAUGCAAUCUUGUUGAAAUCCCCUGAACAAGGCAAAGACUGGGUCGGGCUCAUUUGUGCCUUUUCCGAGACCGAUGAGGAUGGCGAAGACGAAAUGUCGGUCUACAUCCAAUGGUUCUGCACGCCUGAGGAGCUGGCUUUCGGAAAGCGAUCGAAGAUCCUCGCUGAUGUGCUCCCUAAUGAAUCCUAUAUUACAACCGACUUUAACAUGAACCCUCUGACGGCGAUCAACGGCAAAGCAACAGUUCUGUCAAAGGACGCUUUCUUUCAGAAGUACCCCGGUGGACAGCCUCCAAAAUCGAAAUCGGCUGCCAACAAGUAUUCAAAGACCAUCCUGUGUCGCAGAGGAGUCAAGCAAAGAACACUCCAAUUUACGGAAGAUUUCGUCUGGGACGAGAUCUACAAAGGUCCCGAAAAUUUGCUCGAUCUGAUCGACUGGAUCAAGGAACAGACCAAGGGCAACAAAAGACGAGCAGCCGCCAAACAGGAAGAUCUCGAUUAUAACCAGAAAGCUGCGCCUCCGGAAGAAGAGCCAAAGACACCGAGUAAACGUCGAAAAACGACUUCCACCGCCGCAACUCCACGCUCUGCGGUUAAAGCGUCCAAGUACACUACGCCAACUCACAAACGAAUUAUGAUUAAGAAGCCGAUUGAGAUUACGCCUCUUGGUACACGAGUACUUUCUCCCUCGCAGUACAUGUCGACGCCAUACUCACAUGCACGAACUACCUUGCAUGUAUCUGCUGUCCCCACGUCGCUGCCGUGUCGAUCCAAUGAGUUCAACACAGUCUAUUCGCAUUUAUACUCGGCGAUCGUUGACGGGUCCGGCGGCUGCAUCUACAUCUCUGGUACACCAGGCACGGGCAAGACGGCAACUGUCAGAGAUGUGGUAACUUCGCUUCACCAAGCUGUAUUGAACGACGAGCUGGAUGACUUCAAUUUCGUCGAGAUCAACGGCAUGAAAGUCACCGAACCCCACCAGUCCUACUCAUUGCUAUGGGAGGCUCUGAAAGGAGAUCGCGUCAGUCCCAACCACGCACUGAGCCUUUUGGAACAAGAGUUCUCCCAUCCGUCCCCCCGCCGCAUUCCAUGUGUCGUCCUCAUGGACGAGCUUGACCAACUUGUGACGCGGAAUCAGAGUGUCAUGUACAAUUUCUUCAACUGGCCAGCAAUGCGACAUUCAAAGUUGAUUGUCCUUGCGGUGGCCAACACCAUGGAUCUGCCAGAACGGACACUUUCCAACAAGAUCAGCUCACGUCUAGGAUUGACCAGGAUCACGUUUCCAGGCUACACCCACACGCAACUGAUGGAGAUCAUCUCCUCCAGAUUAGAAGGCGUGCCUGGAAACAUCGUGGACAAGGACGCCGUGCAAUUUGCCAGUCAAAAGGUGGCCGCUGUGUCUGGCGAUGCACGUCGAGCGCUGGACAUUUGCCGGCGCGCAGUCGAGAUUGCAGAGAAUACACACGAGAGAAACAACGCAACCGCGCAGGCCAACAACGAGGACACGUCAGCCGGGACGCCCAGUCGAAAGGGGAAGGGUCAACCUGACUCUGAAGGGUCUAGGCCGAUGGCUCGAGUUACGAUCGCCACCAUCAGACAAGCCAUCAACGAAGCGACAUCGUCGCCUGUCGCUCAGCACUUGCGGUCUCUCCCGCUAUCGUCGAAGCUGUUCCUGGCGGCCUUGCUCGCACGGUCUCGUCGCACUGGCGUCGCCGAAUCCACGCUGGGCGAGGUUGUCGUCGAAGCCAAACGCAUUGCCGACGUGGCCGAGAACAGCACGAUUCACGACUUCCUUCUCGUCGACGACAAAGCAACCGCUCCGCUGCCUCGCGUCAUCGCCCUGGGCGGCGCUGCAAUGGACUUGGUUGAAGCUGGUGUGAUUGCCAUGGAAUCCAGGAACAAAGGUGAACGGGCCGGCAAGAUCAGGCUCAAGGUCGGCGAAGAGGAAGUGAAAAGCGCGUUGAUGGGAGAUGCGGAGGCCAAGGGAUUGGGAUUUACUGCGUGA